CCCUGUUCUGGCUUUUACCACUUCUCCCUCACCAGUCACCAGAUGUCAUGGGCUGCCUUGGUGUCCAAGCUCUGCAAAACCCGACUCAUGCCCUGCCGCUGCCGCCCCUCUCUCUCCCUCCCUCUCUAAACAUUAGGUUAUUCCGCCCCUCCCCUCGUCUUCCAUAGCCUUCUCCUCCUUCCCUCUCUCUCCUCCUUCCCCUUUUCACGAAAAAGCUCACUCCUUUUCUGCUCUGCUUUCACCUUUCAACCCGCUGAAAACCCCCACCUUUUGUUUGUUUCUCACUUUUCCGCUCUUUGGGUUUCUUCGUCGUCCUCGCCGUCAAUGGCAUUUCAAUCUUCUGUUUGUUUUCGCUGAAACCAGCUGAGAGUGAGAUAUACCCAAUUCGUCUUUUUUGAAUUGGGUCUAGGUUUUACAGCAACCCUAGCUCUCUCUCUUUGUUUUUACUAUUGGGCAGUUUUUAUUUUCUUUUGGAGGCUAUUUGGCUACAGCAAUUUCCGCUCCCUGAGUAUACCUGCAAUGUUGUGAUGUUUCAGGUAAUGUGAUAAAAGGGGGCUUCUUGUUCUGUGAUUUUGGGUGUCUUAAUAUAGAGAUGAUGACGAAUACUCAUAGUUUUGUGUCGUGGGAGGAGCACACUCUGUGUCAAGAGCGCGGUAGCCGUGUGGUCCAUUACUACUUGAAGGAGGCAUCAGGGGAAUUAGUCCUUGCUGUUGUAGGGACUGAGAGGAGUAUAAGGCACAUGGUGUAUGUUCUUUCGGAUGAGUUCGUGGAGACUUACGAGUCCAAGGGAUUCAUUAAUGUGUGUACCAAAUGGAGAGCAAGAAGAGAAGUUGUAGAAUGGCUUACUUCCUUGGUCUCGAGGCGUUGCUGGUCAGAGUUUCCUGAUUCUCCAACAGAUGAAGCAACACAACCAUUGCCAAUUACUGGACUCGGCGCUCAUCAAACUUCUCUGCCUGAUCACACGGUUCCGAGGAAAGUGAAAGUUCACAAUUUAGACAUUGAAUGGUCUGGUGUUGCCUGGAUUUGUGCCAAACAGCUGAAGCAUUAUCCAGCAUUUUACAAGAAUGAAACUACCAUUUCUGUCCAUUCCUUUGUAUUUGUAAUGGCUUUGGAAGAAGAACAUCAUUACCUAGGUUACGUGGAAGACAUGUAUGAAGACAAGAAAGGGCAGAAAAAGGUUAAAGUGCGUUGGUUUCACCACACUCGGGAAGUCAUGGAUGUGAUUACUCUGAAUCCACACCCCAGAGAAGUUUUUAUCACACCUCAUGUUCAGGUGAUCAGUGCUGAGUGUGUUGAUGGUCCUGCAACAGUUCUGACUCCUAAGCACUAUGAAAAAUGCUUGGCUGUUGUAGCUCAAAAAUCUUCCUCUGGAAUAUUUAUGUGCUUUCGGCAAUUUGAGGACUGCAAGGUUAAGCCCUUCAGUCUUGCUAAAUUGCGGGGGUAUUCUAAUCAAGCAAUUCUGUCUUCUUUAGAUGUCCACAUCUCCAAGCAGAAAGCCAAGUACCAUAAAUUUGGUUAUGAAGAUGAGGAAGAGUUAGCACCUGAUGAUCCUAUGAGGGUGAGCCUUAAGAGAAACAGAAGCAGCGAGGUGAAUCAGGGACAUUCUGGUGUUAAAAAUUUGGUCACUGGGAAUCAUUUACCAAAUUGCGUUCCAACAUACCCAAAGUUGAAAUUAAAAUUAUCAAGGAAAACCAUGGGAGUUAAGAUUGCUGGUUCAGAGCCCCUAUGUCCAGUGUCUUUUAAGGUUGAUGAAAAGAUAGAGUUGCUCUGUCAAGAUAGUGGCAUACGAGGAUGUUGGUUCAGUUGUCAGGUCUUGCAGACAUCUCAGAAGCUUCUCAAAGUUCAAUAUGAUGAUUUGCAAGAUGUAGAUGGAUCUGGCAAUCUCGAGGAGUGGGUCCCUGCCUUUAAAGUUGCUGCUCCAGAUAAACUAGGCAUGAGAUGCUCAGGUCGCCUGACAAUCCGACCCUGUCGUCUCAAUGAUUCUACAGAGUGUUGUAUUGAGGUUGGAGUAGCAGUUGAUGCGUGGUGGUGUGAUGGCUGGUGGGAAGGAGUUGUUACUGGAGUUAGCAUUUCUGGGGCUGAUACUAUACAAGUCUACUUCCCCGGUGAGGAGAAGCUGAUGAGUUUCCAGAGAAAGGAUGUUAGGGCUUCCAAAGACUGGAUUGAGAACAGAUGGGUUGAUGUGAAGGCAAAGCCUGAUAUACUCUCUUACGUAUCUGAAAAUAUCAGUUCUAGCAUGAAGCUCUUAUCAAUCUCUGCUAGUUCUGUGGCAAAAACUUGUUCUAAACAUGAAGCUGUUGAAGAGAAACAGGAGUCACCGGAUUUAGCCCCACCGGAUGAGGACUCGGGAAAGGUAACGAGGGUGAAUUUGCGGAAGCAGCCUUGUACCAGUAAUGAAGACGAAAUUAAUAAUUCAAGUGAUGGCAAUGGCAGUGAUGAUUGUGCCUGUAACAAAACGGAGAAAUGUGAAGCACCAGAAGCUACAGAAGUGGCUGCUCGUGGCUGAGGUCGAGAAUUUUGACCUUGCUGAUAAGAUUGUGGAAGGUUUAGGGGCCUGGUUCUUGUAGAUAAGACGAACUGUAGGCAUAGAGGAAAAGAACUAUCAAGUUUCUAACAUCAUGGAAUUGGAAGGUGUACAGCUUUAUAUCUGAUAGAUUAAUUAACUCCAAGUGCUCCAAGUAAUUGUCAUCCAGUGGUGAUCAGAUGUUAGGCAGUUGCUCAAUUUACUCGCAGGAGUAAUUGGUGUGUGGUUUUGCACCCAUGCCUUGUAUAGCAACUUCUGAAAACUGCCCUAUAUAUGUAUCUUAAUAGUAUCUUUUGAGUCAUAUUUUUCAGUCUUCAGAAGUAA